GCGCUACGCAGGUGUAUGACGUGUGGAUGUUCAUGCGCUCGCGUGCUGCUGGACAAGGACAUCGGGAGAUGGAAUGACAUUUGUGUGACGCUUGAUAGCUUCCCAUUUCGAAACAUUACGUGGGAUAUCAAAGUAAAAAACCUGACUUUGAGGAUUAUUGUCUUACUAUCUGGUCAUUGCUAAACAGACCAAUCGCAGUUUCGAUACAAUUCGCUUCUGACACAGCAGAUUUUUUAUUUGGGAUUGAGAGGGGACCAAGAAGAUAAAGAGCUGGUCCUUCCUUGGGGUUGCUGUGGAAUAAUGCCCCUGGUGAUUGGAGUUACACAUACCCCCUGUUUGUGAAUGGCUGCUUGUAGAGGGGGCGUCGCCUUGUGGGUGGGGUGUGUGAGGAGCCAUGGCAAAAGGCAACCAGUCAAGCAACAGUGCUGGAGUCUUGUUCAGGCGAUGGAUGUGCAGUGGAGUGGACAGUUCCAGUCGCUUAGCAGCACAUCAUGGGCCCUGGUUCCCCCAAACAGUCUGAGGUACCAGAACAUCAAGCAUCUGGCCCUGUCACACCCCUUCCACCAUGCCAGCCAGGGCCAACCCCACAGCCAGAGGCCCCCGGACGAGGACUGGGAAGAGACAGUAAGCCUGUGUGUGCUGGUGCAGCCUGGCCCUGGGGAGUGUGAUGGCCAGCACACCCUGGUGGAGGUGCCUCUAUUUGGGCAGAUUAAACUAGGUGAACUCCUGGCUCCGGGAGGACUCAGUAGGCCCGUGGAGUUCCUCUUCCCCUUGACCACGGUGGACGGGAGCAGAGAGGAUGACAUCAGUGUUGGGACGACUAAGGUUCAGGCGGAAGGUUCCAAGACGAUGCUGAACGUGGGAGAGACGGAAACAGAAAAGAGGGAGAGAGGAUCAUUCCGGAGCCUGUUUGAGACAGAAGGAUGUCCAGCUCCAUUUAUGAAUGGAUCUAGGUUCUACUGCUUCCACUGUCCUGGGAUGGAGCCAUUGCCUGGUUAUAGGAACAAAUCGGGCCAUAUGAUUAGACUAGAGAAUGAGUUGUCACUGUUGCUCCACACCUCUCUUUAUAGUAGUUAUGCAGAAAGAAAGACAGUCGAGGGGGGUCACAGCGACAGAGAGAGGGAGGACGAGGAGAAACUGGCAUUGAUGUAUGAAAAGCUGAGAAUUGAGCUUCCUAGUUUCUUUAUGAAGAGUCAUGACUACACCAUGUACACAAAUGAUAUCGAGUUCGUCAACUGUAUUCUAAAUGCCAAGACCAGGGGCAGAGUUCUGUACCAGCUGAGCCUGUCUCUGUGGAGGCUGCUGUGUCUCUGUUACUAUGCUGAGGCCCAGUUAGAGGUACUGAAACUGACCAAGCACCCAGAGGACAGGACCAUCAAGGCCAGGUGGAGUGUCAGAGGACUGCCCUUCCUCUCUCUGCUGCUGAGAUUCUACCGCAAGGACAAAACUGACCUCUACAGGUCAUAUGAUGCGUUCUCUACCUUCUACCUUGGCCAUGAUGGACUCAUACAUUGUCACAAAGUGGAAAAAGUGAUGAAAGCCCAGCCGCCAAUUCUGCCCGGGGUGACCACUCUGUUAGCGGGAGCCCUCGUGUCCCUGGGGGUCCAGGAGCAUCGGCCAGCCCUCAACCUCAUGCCCCCCUUGCUCUCGUCCCGCCGAGACUGAUAGAGAUGGAGGAACGAGCAUGUGUGUACCAUGAGAAGUAACGGGGAGAGGGGGAAACAGGCAAUCAGUGUUGAAAAAAAAAACUUUUCCCUCUUCACCCGUACAAUGCCUGCUCUGAAAAUAAAUAAAGAUCCAAAACCGUUCCCUCUCUGGACUCACACAGCAAUAGAAUAGCAGCUACUACUUUAGUUGAAAUGCAAUCCAGGACUUCAGUUUAUCCAGUAAGUCAAGUCAGUUCCUUGUUAACGCAAACGAUUGCACAGCGCUUGUGUGAUGUUGAACCACCUUCUGGGCCUAUACGCUCACACUACAUAGUCUGCUACUCAAAUGUCUGCUAAAUGGCAUAUAUUAUUGGACAAACCUAUUUUCACUGCAUUACAUGAAGACUAUUGCUUU